AGUCCAACAGAACAACACCCACCAGACCAGAGAGGCUCACAUACAUGUUCCAGGAGAUUACUUCUCUACUCCUAGUUCCAGUUCAUCUUCUGCCGCCAUCAUUGGUGUGAUUAUUGUUGCCAUUGUGGUUAUCGUUGGGGUUUCUGUUUUCCUGUGGAAGUGGAGACAGAAAAAACUCAAGAACAAGAAAGAUCUUAAUGAUGAAGAAACCCAGAGAGAGGAGAAGAAGAAUGAUCCAUCAACAGAGCCCUUUAUGGGAGGAAGAAAAGACAGAGAGACACUGGAGGACGAGGACAUGGAGACACGUCCAAGACUUCACCAUCACAUGGACGAUAAAACUCAACAGAUUCAAACCAACCAUGAUCUGAUCCAGUUACAAGGAGAGAGAGAGGAAGGAGCAGGAAUAACUGAGAGAAACAGUUUGGACACUAAGACAGAACCAGAGACUGAACCUGGAAGAGAAAAGACAGACGAUAAGACGGAGGAAAAACCAGAGACGAGACAUAAUCAGCAAACAGAAGAAGGAGAGAAUAUGACGACACAACGUAGAGGAGAUGAGAUGGAUGAAGGAAAACAUGGAGGAGAACCUCUGACUGAUGAGGACAAAGAGAAGAGGAAGAAGAAGACAAAGAUACAGAUUAAAAAGAAGAAGGAAACACAACCUGAAGAACCUCUGAAUGAUGAGGAGCAAGAGAAGAGAAAAAAUGAGAAAAUACAGAUUGAAAAGAAGAAGGAAACACAACCAGAACAAGCAGAAGUUCAGAAUGUGAAGGAUGAAAGAAAACAUGGAGGAGAAUCAAAGGACAAAGAGAAAGAAAAACUGAAGACAAAGCUACAGAUGAAAGAAAGAGAAGAGAAGAAAUGGGAGGAAAGAGUUUCUCGACUAAAGAUUCAGAUAGAGGAUAAGGAGAAACAGAUUAAUGAACUGAUGCAGCAGAAGAGAGAGAUAGAAGAGAUGGAGAAAGACAGACUGAGAGAAGAAGAUGGAACUGAGAAAAUUCCUCUAGAGACAAAGAAAGAUCUGGAGAAGAAGAAAUCUGAACUUAUGAAAGAUCUGAGGAAGAAGCAGAUAGAGAUCCACAGAAUGAGGAAGGAUGAGUCUGUCUUAAUAGAGAGAAGAAAUAAAUUAACUAAUGAAAAAGAGGAGAUUAUUAGAAAACUAGAGAUGGAGAAAGAGAGUAAUGAUGGAGAGAAUCAGAGGAAUGAUGGAGAGAAUGAGAGCCAUGCAGAUGACCUGAACGACCUUUGUAAGGGAAUUGGAUCAAUAUCAAUUAUUAGUAAUUAAUCAAUCUCAUCAUAUCUCAGGCAUCAGCUCUCAGCACAGGAAUCAUAUAUCUACAGCUCAAAAGGACCUUUCUGACAACGACUUAAGUGAAAUAUUAUUUACAAAUGGUGAAUGAUGAAUAAUAAACACUGUGAUGAACAAUAUAACAGCUGGAGUAAUAGAAAAUGAUGAGAAAACAGAAUGAGUUUAAUGAAAAUGAGUGAGUGUGAACAAAAGUGAGGACGCAAACUGAACCUAAUUAAAUUAAAUUAAAUUAAAUUAAAUUAUUCAGAUUUAUUUAUAGUUUGUUCAUCACACACACAUCAACUCUGCUCAAAUAUGAAGGUGAUAGUCUACUUAGGGAACUCCUUGGAUGCUGCUCCGAACAACUCCGGGUGACCAAAACUGUCCUUGUCAGCUCAGAUCUUCACUUGUGCUAUCGUCGGGGAAAGCCAGCGGUACCAAAGGUGUUGAGAGCCGCUUGAUGUGACAGUCAUCCAGGUCCUGAUUUCGGCAUCGGUUACGGCACGAGAGAAAUUACUUUGUCACCGUAGCUUUGUUGCACAUAAAAGUAAACAUUCUUAAAAAAUAUAAAAUAAAAACAACAACAAAAAAAAAAAAACAACUUUGAUGAACUGGUGAAAGGUGGAUAAGGGCGGACGGAUUAUUUCACAAUGGAUCCAUUCGAAUGAUUUCACAAACUCCAUGCCACGUUGUCAAGAUGACACAGGAAGACGUUCACAUGCAUGGUAGAAAUUCCUUGGAGCGGUUCCAGACAAACAGCCGGUGUCUUUCAUUUCUUUCCACUGAGCAGAAAAAGAAUGAACAUCAACACGACUUCAGAGAGCAACACGUUCACAUUACCUGCUCCGUGGAAGUGGAAGUCAUGAAGUCAAACCUGUUCCAAAGACAAAACGUUAAACAUGCCUCACGUUUUUAGCUGGGGGUCACGGGUUUGACUUGUUGAUGUAUCGUUGGCGCUCGGUGAAGGAAAGAUGCCAGCAAAUGUCUCAGAAUGACGGUAGCCAUCUUGGAAUGGGAAGAUGUUGUUGUUGUUUUUAGUAAAAAAGUAAGUAAAAAAAGAAAUAGAAAUAUGAGUUUUAACUGUAAUGUCAUAUUUGAGUUUCUGAGACCUCUGCUCUUCCCUUAUAAUCGAUAAACGAUCGAAUCAAAAAACUUGUACUAUACAGUUUUAUAUCUGUCGUCUGCCGCCUGGUGGAUGUAUCCAUGCUCUGCAGCCACCAGCAAGAUUUUGUUUUCAUGGACUUUCAGUGUUUCGGUUAGAAAAUUUUUGCCUAUUUUGAAAAGGUUAAGAAAAGUUGUGAUAUGUGAUAUAAUGUGAUACAGCAGGUUUAGGUAUGCAAAUAAUCAGUCACUAUCUCAUUCAAUUCAAUGAGACCGUGUGUUCAAACUUUUGAAUGUAUAUAUGUACAUUUUGGAAUUUAAGUCAGUUGGUCAGUUGGUAUUUAAAUGUCAUCUUGAAAUGUGUUUGUUCAUUCAUUCCAUAUUACUGUUUUGCUUUUAUGUUUUUUUUUUUUUGGUUCAAAAUAAUUGUCCUUUGCAUCCAGUGAAGCUUUUCUUUAUUUCCUUUAUUCAUUCAUGGGGUGUCUAAAGGUCUAAUUAGCACUGAAAUAAAAAAUAAAAUGAAUGCA